AUGCUCAACAUGGGAGGGCCGUCUACGGUGCCCGAGACGCACGACUUCCUGAAGAAUCUCUUCUCCGACGGCGACCUUAUCCCUCUCCCAUUCCAGUCUCUGCUCGCCCCGUGGAUCGCGAGGAGGCGGACACCGCAGAUCGAGAAGCAGUACGAGGAAAUUGGCGGGGGCUCGCCCAUCUUGCACUACACGAAGCUCCAGGGCGAGCGCAUGGCCGCACUCCUCGACGAGCUCAGCCCCGCCACCGCACCGCACAAGGCGUACAUCGCGUUCCGGUAUGCGCGCCCGCUCACGGACGAGACCGCGAAGCAGAUGAAGGCCGAUGGCGUCAAGCGCGCGGUCGCGUUCACCCAGUACCCGCAGUACUCGUGCAGCACGACGGGCAGCAGCCUGAACGAGCUCUAUCGGCGCGGGAAGACGGGAGAGGUCGGCGACGGUGUGGAGUGGAGUGUGAUUGACAGGUGGGGGACGCACCCUGGGUUCAUUGAGGCGGUCUCGCAAAACAUCGAGCGCGCGCUCGCGAAAUUUCCCGAAGAGAAACGCAAGAACGUCGUCCUGCUCUUCUCCGCCCAUUCACUCCCCAUGUCCGUCGUGAACCGCGGCGACCCGUACAUCCUCGAGGUAUCCGCGACUGUCUCCGCUGUCAUGGACCGCCUCGGCCACUCGAACCCGUACCGCCUCGUGUGGCAGUCGCAAGUCGGCCCUUCGGCGUGGAUGGGCAUGCAGACCGGCGAGGCACUCAAGGGUCUCGCAAGGCUUGGUCACAAGGAAGCCAUCCUGGUCCCCAUUGCGUUCACGAGCGACCACAUCGAGACGCUGUACGAGCUCGACUUGGAGUACGCGAAGGAGGCGAAAGACCACGGGAUGGACGUCCAGAGGGCGGAGUCUCUGAACGACUCUCCGGUUUUCAUUCGCGCGAUCGCGGACCUCGCUGCGUCGCAUCUGAAGGACUGCGGAAGCGGAAAGUCGGGCCCCACCAGCGUCCAGAUGGGGCUCCGGUGUCCAGGGUGCAACAACGCGACCUGCGGAGCGCAGAAGACCUGGUUCGCAAGAGGAGGCCGGUGA